AUGUUGCGCAAGGAAGUGGAACAAAUGAAGUUUCGUUAUGGAAUUGAAAAAGAAUCGCAGUUGAAGUCUCAGAGAACUGAAGAAAAACUGAUGACGACUAAAACAACUGGUUGUGAAAAAGGCCUUGGUACUAAAGGCAGCGUCAUCGCUUUCCUGGAAAGGAAAUCACGUCAAGCCAGCGAACAACGCACGCAUUACUGGCCUGAAGCGGAAGAUCUUGUAGCAUGGGCUGCCGUCGUGGAAAAGAAUGCGGGCAUUGCGAAGUCGUAA